UUAAAAGACCAUGAGAAUAGUGAUGCCUGUUUUAUUUGUCUGUUGAGCCAUGGUGAAGAGGGCUAUAUCUACGGAACUGACGGGGAGAUGCUAGCUUUAAACCAGAUAUUUGAUCUUUUUAAUAAUAAUAAAUGUCCAUUGUUAAAAGGCAAGCCGAAGAUUUUUAUAGUACAAGCUUGUCGUGGAGGAUCGUUUGAUCGAGGUGUAUCUAUAGAUGAAACAGAUGGUGGUCCGGCUAUACCCAUGAUAAAACAGUUACCAACUCUCUCUGAUAUGAUCAUAGGCUACCCUACACAGGCUGGUUUCUAUGCAUGGAGAAAUAGAGAGAGAGGUAGUUGGUAUAUAGAAGCGAUAGUAAAAGUUUUUAUAAAGCAUGCUAAACACGAUGAUAUCUGUACAUUGUUUAACAGAGUAAGUAUACAUUAUACAUUGCCCUUGUUUGACAUAUUUACUCGGACUGUGCUUGCGAGUACUGGACAAGAUUUCUCAAUGUAA